GGCGGGGCGGUUCGCGACGAGGGUGAAGAUUUCGCUGAUCAGGCGCUGCUGCACGCUCGUCUCCAGCUGCGUGUAGAACUUGGUCAGGCGCGGCUGGCCCGCGUUGUUGAAGACGAGCACCGCGUUGAUCAUGGUGCGUGCAUGUGAAGGUGCCUGCGGGUCAGAGUGUUUGCGGGGACGUGCAGGGUAACUAUGAUGUGAUGGCUCGCUAUCGAUUGGGGGGAGCUCCACCAGCUCCUGGGCAGCUGCACUCUUCACUUCCUACUCGGCACUGGUCACCUCGGAGCUGCAACCACCCAUCAAUCGCACAUUGUAUCAGAAGCGAAUCAUCGACAUGAAGACUGUCACACGAAUUGCAUCUCUGGCUCUCGGCCGUGCUGCCGCAGCGCCUCUGCGUGCCGCGACGCCUGCCAAUUGUAUCAUUGCCCGAGCUACCGCUGUCAGCGCCAGCAGGGCGUCGGUGCGAGCCUUCCACGGCAGCAGCAGCGCGCGCGGCAUCAUGCCCGAGAGCGAGAACCCGCCGCCCAAGCAGUCCGAGGAGACGGAGACGCCGACGGCACCGACGGCCGUGUCGACGACGGAAUUCCACGAGCGCGCCGACGAGUACCUGAACGAGCUGGUCGAGCGGUUGGAGGAGGCGCAGGAGAAGAACCCUGACAUUGAGGUCGAGUACUCGGCCGGCGUGCUCAGAGUCGACUUCAUCUCCAAGCAGCUCAGCUACGUGCUCAACAAGCAGCCGCCCAACAAGCAGAUCUGGCUCAGCUCGCCCAUCUCGGGGCCCAAGCGCUUCGACUGGGUGGUGCUGCAGGAGGGCCAGAACGCAAAGGAAGGCGGCGGCCAGGGCGACUGGGUGUACCUGCGCGACGGCACCAGUCUGACCGACGUGAUCCGCAAGGAGCUGGCGGUUGACAACGAGGUCGACGACGAUGUGCCCAGGUAGGGCUGAGUAGCCAUGAGCGCGACAUGUGGAGAAAAGUCCCCCGGGGGGGGGAUGUAUGAUAUAACGAGCCCAUAGCCUAAAUCAAAGUCUGCUGCGAGACCAAAUGGUAUCCCAACGCCGGCAAUGCAACGCCCACCGAGUCUCCACGCACCGAAUGUCCACGCACUCCACGCACUCCCACAAUUCCCUAUGCAGCAACAGCCACCUUCUCGCUCG